UUUCCAUUCAAGUAAAGCCCUAUAUACAUGCGUUGGAAAAGAUAAAGAAAAUGCCCAAAUGUGGCAUAACUUCAUCCUCCUGUUUGUUCCAUGUAUACGUUCCUUGGCUGGCUUGGUUUCACCAUGAAAUAUCGUUGGUAUUAUAAUACGGUGGUUUAUAUUUAUUAAAAUAUCAUAAAGUUGAAUGUGAAACAAACUACGCACGCAAACAAAUACUUUCGUUAGGAAAAUGUUGCAGGAGAUUAUCGCUACAUUUUUAUCUUUGUUUUCUUCUUUGACUCUGGACACUCCACGAAUUUCUCGCGAGAUGAGCGUUGAAAACGGUUCAUCUGAACACGUUAAUUGGGACAUGUGGAAAGACAGAAUUCACAGAGAAUAUUCCUCCUCAGAGGAAGACAAUUGUCCAUCAACUAUAGAAUAUGUUCAGCUGGGCUAUGAACAGCAAAUCGAACGUUCUUAUACACAGUCAUUACUCAGAAGUCUGAAGGUGACAUUUUGCAUGACUGUUGCUUUAUUGCCGUUAUUUAUUACCGGGUUAUUCAUCAUCUACUUUGACUUAAAAACAUGUGAUUUAUGUUCACAAUGGCGUGCUCGAAAUUACACACUUUCCUUUGAAAUUAUGAAAAUACGACUAAUUGGCAAUAGUGUUGAGGUUAUAAUGUUGAAUCUUUGGUUCCCCUUAACGUUAUUGCUUCUGUUUGGCAUCAGUGAAUUCAAGCGUUACUACUCUUCGACUGUCAUGGUGGGAUUGAUAUCUGCUCUUCUCUAUUCGUUAUAUUCAAGUUUUUUACUCUUGUAUGGUGUUUACGACACGUAUUCUUGGUAUCGCAUACCAGGAAAUGUUACCUAUGCACUUGCUGUUAUAUGGGAAUGUGUUAUCGUUGUUCGCAAGAUAAAAGGAAAUUAUCCAAACGUAUCCUACACACAUCGUCAUAUUUUUACGGUUAUUUUGGUGCCGUUUUUAUGCUCAUUUGCAGUGGCAAUGUUUUACAGAUACGCGGUUGUUUUCUGGUUUAAUUCCUUCGAUAACGCAGUGUAUAGAUUCAUAAUAGCUAUCUCAACACCAACCAUAGCUAUAGUACCUAUUGCUAUGUGCAGACAUAUCGCUCUUUGGCGUUCUUCUCAGAUUAUUGAACCGAAACGAAGCUUCAUUUGUGUCUAUUAUAUUCGCGCAGGGUGGAUUUGCUUGUACCGAUUCAUGCAAGCAGAUUUUAAGAGUAUUUGGUGGUUUACUGGAAUGUCAGUUCUGUCAGGUGUAUCGAGUACACUUAGAAAAGCAACGGUUGGUCUUCGGCAAAGGGUAUGGGCGCGAAUCAUAAGAUAUUUCAAUCAAUCAUGUUGUUCCAGAUUGCUUUAUUUGCCUGAAGACACACCCCAUCACAGGAGACUUAAAGCUGACAUUGAGAAGAGUGUAAAGCAGGGAAACUUGAUAUGUAUUCUUCAUCAAGUAUUUACACAUGGAUGACAGCAGGAUUACAAAUGGAUUUACAAAUGGAAUGUCGCUGAAGACAUUCUACUGCUUGCUGAUCUGGAAAAAGACUGGGGACAGUUGGCGAAUGGAGAACCAUUUUUCGAGCAGAACAGGCACAGCUUAAUCUCCUCAUGCAUCAUUUCUUCCAAAUUUAUAGUUACAAUAUUUCUGCACAUACGUAGUAGCUACUAAUUAGAUAACAUAUAUCCUUAUAAAGAAUAACGAAAGAAUUCUAAGGAGUUAAUUAAAAUACAGCAAAGUGGAUAUUUAUCGGUUUAUCGUUUUCGGUUUUAAUUUUAUCGAUACCCAAGACUUACGUCUGCAUUUUACCUGGGUCAUUGCUGUGCAAGGCUGAAAGCUUUAAUAAGAUGACGAUGCAUGAAGUUACUUACCGGAGGAAUUUCCUCAAUGGCGUUUCCAUCAGCCAACAAUUCUUCAAGAUUUGUCAUGUGACAAAUGGUAACAGGCUAAAUGAGAUAAAAGCAAUAUUUUUAGAUACAUAAUGGAUACAACUAGGAUAUCUAUGUUCCUAACUAAACGAUUUUGGAAAACCGCAAGCGGCCCUAGGGCCUAACCCUAUAAACGUGAGAAUUGUGAAAAUUUCACAGACGAUACCGAAGAAAAAAAUCUUUCAAGCAAAACUUUGAUGAACAAUGUUUAUAUUUAUUAUCAUUAUUAUAUCUUGUGGAAACGAUCAAAAACGUUGUAUAUAAGAGUAAAAUUUCUACAAAAACGUAUAUUUACCAAGUCUGCAAAUUUAUUGUUUCCAAUAUCCAGUCGUUUCAACUGUUGUAAAUUCUGCAUUGAUCUAGGGUAAAAAUAAACCCUUUUCACAAAAAGAGCUGGGCAGGGUUGUCGUGCCAGUUUUAAAAUUUUGAAAUUAUAAUCAGGCAAAUACAU